CAUUAUUGUCGAUUAUUGUCAACACGAAUAACAGUUGAAUGUCAAAUUGUGCGCCAAUUUUGUGUUUUGCUAUUAAUAUUGGUGAUAUAAAAUAUCAGCAAGAGGGUCUAAAUACGUUGACAAGACCACAAUGGAGGGGGCAAUCCCCGACGCACCUCGCCGUACCCGCGCCGCGCUAGCCGAAAUCCCCGCACGACUAGAUCGCCUACGAGUGACCCCUCUGCGGACACUAACUAACACUAGAGAGGUAUCUCCCUCACUGCCCUCUGGGUAUUUGAGCCCAGCCCCAUCGCCCGAUGAACAGUUGAUACAGCAGAGAGGAAGAAAGCGUGUACCAACGAAUUGGUCGCCAGACAUCGACUUAAAACGUAAUUCCACUUUCCAUUCUUUAAUUCGUACACCGCCGAAGAAUACGCCCUCUCGCCACUCACCUCCCAAAUUGGGUGUGACAUUAAGAUCCACCCCCAGAAAACGUCUCCUACUCGGAGAUGUCGAACGCGUCCCCCUUACCCCAGAAAAAAUCGACUUCAGCGACUUAAGUACUCCGCAAAAGUUCAAAAUCAACAGCCCAGUUAAAGCCUCGCCACCUAUAAAGCGAUGCAGAUUAGAAAAAUCCUUCGACGCCGAAUAUAAAGGGCCGAUAGACACAGCUCUAAAGGGCCUCAGUCCAACCCAGCUGAUCAACAUGAUAAAGAAAAUCACCUACAAGCACCCAGAAAUUGAAGACGACAUUCGCAAAGAUAUGCCAGUGCCUGAUAUGGCACCUUUGGAAGAGAGACUCAACUAUUUGAAGUCGAACAUAUUCAAGAGUCUCCCUACAUCCAGACUGACAUCGAAGACGGAUUCACCAGCUUAUUCGAGGGUCUCGACACAUCUGGCCGCGUUUAAAAAGUGUUUGGUCGAUCAAGGGAAGGUGUUGGUUGAAUCUCAGCAUUGGGAAUCGGUCUUGGAAUACGUAUUCUUAGCGUGGAGUUACGUGCGGGCUACUCCUGUAUGGGACAACCAGCCUCACAAUGCUCAUAGAAAGCAAUGCUUCAAAGCAUUGACCAAUUUUUGUAUGACUGCCCUGAAAAAGGGUGAUUUUACUAAGGAUUUCUUGAUCGACGUGCAGGAUAAGCUUGAAACGAUGGAGGCGGACAGCGAAGACAUUAAAUCGAACAUAAAACUAGUUCAAGGAAUGUUGCUAGAUCCCAUAGAAUAAUAUUAGUUAGUACUUGUGCAUAACUUCCUUUUUUAUACAAAAAAAUUUAAAUCAGAAAAAGUAGCAAAAAAUAAUGUUAAGUCAGAAAGGACUUAAAUUUUAUGAGAUACCCAAUAUACUUUUUUAAAUUUAAUAAACAAUAAUAAUUUUUAAAUGCUUAAAUAGAUAGCGAUAAUUUUAGUGAGAUGUAUACUGAAUACCAGUUAAAUUCAUUUAUUUUAGAAUCAGCGAAAAAUGUUUUGCUUUUUUAAUGUUAAAAUAUUUGUACCUUUUAGUUAAUUUAUUUUUAUUAAUGCUUUUCUUGUAUUGCUGUGUCAAUAUUUUUAAGUGAUUUAGAUAAUUAUAGGUGUACCUCACCUUUUAUUUUUAAAUAUUUUUUUCAACGAUAAAUUAGAUUAUAUCUUCAGGAUUAACUCUGUGCCAAAUGUUAAUUAUUUUAUCUUCAAAUUAGUAAUACAGGUAUACACCAAGACUGCAUUUUAAAAUAUUUAUCAUGUAUUUUAAAAUGAUAAAUUAAAAUUAGAAAAGAGCACAAGCUCUUAGACUAUAAAGAGCAGUGAAAUAAUAAUUUCAUAUCUGCCUUACUAUAAAUGUGCCUUGUAACGUUAAUUUUUUAAUGACCAAAUAUCAAUGAUAUUACGUAAUGUAUAGCAAUUAAGUAUAUCGUGGUUUUAAAUAAAUUGUGUUUUCAAUA